AUGUCUCUCUGUGGUGCUUCAAGUAAAGGUGCCUCGUUUGGUCGUGGUCGACCAAUCCAGAGAAAGAAGGUUGUCGUUUGUGGCGAUGGUGCCUGCGGCAAAACAUCCCUGCUAAAUGUCUUCACGCGCGGAUUUUUCACUCAAGUCUAUGAACCCACCGUUUUCGAGAACUAUGUGCAUGAUAUCUAUGUCGAUGAGCAAGUGGUGGAGCUCAGUCUAUGGGAUACGGCUGCACUCAAAUGUGAUCUACGAGACGAUCCGGUGAUAAAGGAAAGACUAAAACGCUACGGUACUCAUACUGUGCAAUACGAGGAAGGAUUGGCCGUAGCAAGGCGGAUACGAGCAUCCCGAUAUUUGGAAUGCAGCUCAAAACAUAAUCGGGGAGUAACAGAAGUUUUCUACGAAGCUGCUCGAGUGUCACUAAGUACGCGCACCAAAGGCUCAGGGGAUGGCGGUUGCCAGGUGAUGUAA